AUGGAUAAUCUAACACUAUCUUGGGGCUGCUGUUCAUUGGAUGGUGAGAGUAAACAGUUUAAAAAAUGCAAUACUUGCGUUAAAGCAUUUCACUUGGAAUGCUUGGGAACCUGUCAAUCACGUGCAGGCGAUGCGACUGGGUGUUGGAUAUGCCCUACUUGUAUAAAUUCUAAUACGAAAACCAUCAACAAAGACAACACGCCUGUGCGUUUUAAUCCCAAUGUUACAAUACGAACACAAAAAAGACAGACAUCCAAUUCCCCACCGGAAGCAGUGGACUUGGAAGCUCCUAUUACCAGGAGUGAUCUAAGAGCUAUAGUGGAAGACAUCACGGAAAGAAAAUUUGAGACUCUUCUGGUGCAACUAACAAACACUCUUCGAUCUAUUAUGACCUCUGAACUAGGCACCAUGAGGAAUGAGAUAAAAGAUCUGAGAGAGUCCAUUACCUUUGUGAGUGAUCAGUACGAGGAAAUGAUCAAGGAAAACAAGAAAACAAGUGAAACCGUCCGAGAAUUGCGGUCGGAAAACGAACUGAUGAAAUCUACCAUCAAAGACUUAUCAUUCAGGCUAAAUAACUUUGAACAAAACGCUCGUUCAAAUAAUAUUGAAAUACAAUGUGUUCCCGAAAAGAAAGAGGAGAACCUUACAAACAUAGUAUCAAAAUUGAGCAAUGUUAUAGACUUCCCCAUCUCUCCGGAGAAAAUAGUACACUGCACCAGAAUUGCCAAAAUCAAUCGCGAUAAUCUCGCUCGCCCUAGAUCGAUUAUUGUUCAACUCGCCACACCCAGAGACCGUGAUUGUUUCCUGGCAGCAGCUAUUAAAUUCAACAAACCUAGACCGGUAUCGGAAAAAUUAAAUACCACCCACUUGGGUUACAGCGGAGAGAAAAAACCAGAAUUUGUGGUUGAACACCUGUCCCCCGGCAACAAGGCACUACACGCAGCUACCAGGCUGGCUGCGAAGAAAAAUGGAUACAAGCAUGUGUGGAUACGUCAUGGCCGUAUUUUUGUAAGGAAAACGGACAACUCAGACUUUAUAGUCAUAAGAGAUAUGGACUCUCUAAGUAAAGUUAAAUAA